AUGCCUGCGCUCCGACUGCUGGCUCAGAAAGCGACAUGCCGCCAUGAAAGGUCAACUGCAGGUGUCCGUCCCUCAAGAGGCGCCGCCGCAGGAUUCUUCGGAGGAAAGCGCGUCGCCGGCCGAACUGUCCGCGGCGGCGUUGGCGGUCGGUUGCAAGGCGUUGCUUCAUUCAUUUCGCAAAGCACAAUUCCCAUUCCCGUCCCAAGCACAGUUACCAUUCAUAAUCCAAGCACAAUUCCCGUUCCCACCCCAAGCACAAUUCCCAUUCCUAUUCCCGUCCCAAGCACAGUUACCAUUCAUAAUCCAAGCACAAUUCCCGUUCCCGUUCCCAUUCCAAGUACAAUAUUGGAUGGCGUGGGCGUGGCGCGAAAUGACGACAGUUGA